CUGUAGUUCCCAGGUUCAGGCGGUGGGCGGCCUCUCACCGAAAUCGGGCCUCAACCGGAUGGCGGUGGCUAGGCACGGCUGCCAGCCCUGGGGCUCGAUCCUCGGGCUGCUCGGGCUGGCCUUGGCCGCCGCCACCUCCUGGGACGUGGGUUCUCUGCGCUGCAGCUUCGGCUCGUUCUGCGAGUGCGACUUCAGGCCGGACUUGCCCGGUCUGGAAUGUGACCUGGCUCGACACCUAGCUGGCCAGCAUUUGGCCAAGGCCCUGGUGGUAAAGUCACUGAAGGCCUUUGUACAGGACCCAGCCCCGAGAAAGCCACUGGUCCUUUCCCUGCACGGCUGGACAGGCACCGGAAAGUCCUACGUUAGCUCCCUGCUGGCACAGUAUCUCUUCCAGGGUGGCUUCCGCAGCCCUCACGUGCACCACUUCUCCCCCAUCAUCCACUUCCCGCACCCCAGCCGCACUGAGCAGUACAAGAAGGAGCUCAAGAGCUGGGUCCAGGGGAACCUCACUGCCUGUGGCCGCUCUCUCUUCCUCUUCGAUGAGAUGGACAAGCUGCCCCCUGGCCUGAUGGAAGUCCUGCAGCCCUUCCUGGGCCCCUCUUGGGUUGUGUAUGGGACCAAUUAUCGCAAAGCCAUUUUCAUCUUUAUCAGCAAUACUGGUGGUGAGCAGAUCAACCAGGUGGCCCUGGAGGCAUGGCGCAGCCGCAGGGACAGGGAGGAAAUCAGCCUGCAGGAGCUGGAGCCAGCAGUCUCCCGAGCUGUGCUGGACAACCGUCAUCAUGGCUUCUGGCAGUCUGGCAUAAUGGAGGAACACCUGCUGGAUGCUGUGGUGCCCUUCCUCCCACUCCAGCGGCAUCACGUGCGCCACUGUGUACUCAAUGAACUGGCUCAGCUGGGCCUGGAGCCCCGAGAGGAGGUAGUCCAGGCCGUGCUGGACAGUACCACCUACUUCCCUGAGGAGGAACUGCUCUUCUCCUCUAAUGGCUGCAAGACAGUGGCCUCCCGAGUCACAUUUUUCCUCUGAGAGCCCCAGGUGGUGCCAGUGCCUCUUCUGCAUAGACAGAACAAGAAAGGCCGGGGUGUCUCCUGGAGGAAUCUUUCCUAAGCUGGCUGGCAAUGGGAUCCCGAGCACAAAGUUAAAGUCAAGAAAAGCCUGGAAGGCAUCUUUGCCGGGGGAAUUCCUGGGUCC